AUGAAGAAGUGGCACGUGGUCCUGGGUGUGCUGAGCCUUGCUGUGGUGGUCCUCGUCAUUAUCCUCUGCGUGCUGCUGCCCGUGUCCUCACAGGUCUCUGACCACGUGUACCCCAGGGGUGCAGUCGCCGCUGAUGCCAAGCGCUGCUCAGAGAUCGGGAGGGACGUCCUACAGGAUGGUGGCUCAGCGGUGGACGCAGCUAUUGCAGCUCUGCUGUGUGUGGGCCUCAUGAACGCCCACAGCAUGGGCAUCGGGGGAGGCCUGUUCUUCACCAUCUACAACAGCACCACGAGAAAGGCUGAGGUCAUCAAUGCCAGAGAGGUGGCCCCUGCACACGCCUCAUCCACGAUGUUCAAUAACUCACAGCAGUCCCAGGAAGGGGGUCUCUCGGUGGCCAUUCCCGGGGAGAUCCGCGGCUAUGAGCUGGCGCAUCAGCGGCACGGCCGGCUGCCCUGGGCCCGCCUCUUCCAGCCCAGCAUCAAGCUGGCCCGCGAGGGCUUCCCUGUGGGCAAGGGCCUUGCUGCCGCCCUGCAGAGAACUCAAGAUACCAUCCACCGGUAUCCCUCGCUGUGUGAGGUGUUUUGCCGGAAUGGGAGGGUGUUGCAGGAGGGGGAGCACGUGGUGAUGCCAAAACUGGCUGAUACCUAUGAGACGCUGGCCAAGGAGGGUGCCCAGGCCUUCUACAACGGGAGUCUCACUGCACAGAUUGUCAAGGACAUCCAGGAAGCUGGGGGCAUCGUGACGGCUGAAGACCUGAACAACUAUCGGGCAGAACUGAUCGAACACCCGCUGAACAUCAGCCUGGGGGACUCCAUCCUUUACACGCCAAGUGCCCCCCUCAGUGGGCCAGUGUUGGCUCUCAUUCUCAACAUCCUCCAGGGGUACAACUUCUCCCCAGAGAGUGUGGAAACCCCCGAAAAAAAGGGCUUGACAUACCAUCGCAUUGUGGAGGCCUUCCGCUUUGCCUAUGCCAAGAGGACCCUGCUUGGGGACCCCAAGUUUGUUGAUGUUACUGAGGUGGUCCGCAACAUGACCUCAGAGUUUUUCGCCGCCCAGCUGCGGGCACGGAUCUCAGAUGACACCACGCACGCGGCUGCCUACUAUGAGCCCGAGUUCUACACGCCGGAUGAUGGAGGCACAGCGCACCUGUCCGUGGUCUCUGAGGACGGCAGCGCUGUGUCCGCCACUAGCACCAUCAACCUCUACUUCGGCUCCAAGGUUCUCUCCAGGACCAGUGGGAUCCUGUUCAAUGAUGAAAUGGACGAUUUCAGCUCACCAAACAUUACCAACCAGUUUGGGGUACCCCCCUCACCUGCCAACUUCAUCCAGCCAGGGAAGCAGCCUCUUUCCUCCAUGUGCCCCACAAUCAUUGUGGGCCGUGAUGGCAAAGUCCGCAUGGUGGUGGGAGCAUCUGGGGGCACACAGAUCACCACAGCGACUGCACUGGCCAUCAUCUACACCUUGUGGUUUGAGUACAACGUGAAGCAGGCGGUGGAGGAACCACGGCUGCACAACCAGCUCCUGCCCAACACCACGACACUUGAGAAACACCUGGAUCAGGUGGUGACUUCUGCCCUGAAGAACCGGAACCAUGAGACAAAGGUCACCUCCACUUUCAUUGCUGUGGUGCAGGCCAUCGUCCGCACAGCGAAUGGCUGGGCAGCUGCCUCGGACUCCCGGAAAGGCGGGGAGCCUGCUGGUUACUGA